UGAAAAUAAACGUCAUUCUAGUAGACUCCCUAUAUUGAAACAAGAAAAAGGACGCGAGAGCAUCCUCUCCAUCCCGACCCCUCUCUUCCGCCUCACUCCUUCUCUCUCUCUCUCACACACACCAAAGCACCCUUUUUUUCACACACUCCGUCUCCCUAUUUUCCGGCAGCUAGGGUUUUAGCUCCUCCCCUCUGCUCUAUUUCCUCAAUCCCCUUCAUUCAUUCGCAUUCCAUAGUUGUAAUUCAGUUUUCCUUAUUAAAAACCUGCUCUCUUUAAAACUCCCUUCUUUAAUUCCAACGUUCUAAAGGUUCCAUAUUUAGGGAUUUUUAGUAACUCUGUUUCUGUGGGCUUUUUGGUUUUGGCAAGAAGAAAUUUUUUCAACGUAUGGCGAAGACUAAACCUGGGAAGAAGGACCUUGAUUCUUACAGCAUCAAGGGGACCAACAAGAUUGUCAGACCUGGAGAUUGUGUCUUGAUGCGGCCGUCAGACUCGGAUAAACCCCCUUAUGUGGCACGAGUUGAGAAGAUUGAGGCAGACCAUCGAAAUAAUGUCAAAGUACGAGUGAGGUGGUAUUACCGCCCUGAGGAGUCAAUUGGGGGUCGUAGGCAGUUCCAUGGAGCCAAGGAACUCUUCCUGUCAGACCACUUUGAUGUGCAGAGUGCACACACCAUUGAAGGCAAGUGCAUCGUGCACACCUUCAAGAAUUAUACCAAGCUCGAGAAUGUUGGCGCUGAAGAUUACUUUUGUAGGUUUGAAUACAAAGCAGCUACUGGAGGAUUCACUCCUGAUCGUGUUGCUGUGUAUUGUAAGUGUGAGAUGCCUUACAAUCCAGAUGACCUCAUGGUGCAGUGUGAAGGAUGCAAAGACUGGUUUCAUCCUUCUUGUAUGGGCAUGACAAUUGAAGAAGCAAAGAAAUUGGAGCAUUUUUUGUGUUCAGAUUGUUCUUCUGAUGAUGAUGCAAAAAGGUCUUUGAACAAUUUCCCUGUUUCAUCAUCUCUUGAGAAGGUGGAACCGAAACGCAGAAAAAGAUGAUCGUUUGAUGGGGAGACAUCUCAAUUUGUUUGGUAUUAUUAGCUCUGAGUGAGGUGUUGUGUGGGAAUUGUACAGUGCAGACAAGAUAUUGACUGUUCUUCCUAGAAGCUAGACGUUUGCAAAAUUGUCUGGAGGAACUGAAUUCUCUGUGUCUGUAUGCAAAAGACUGUCGGUCUCUUAUGAGUAGAUCUGGUGUCAACCAGAGGGAAAUUUGUGGCGAAUCUUUGUUCGAAAUUUGCAAUGCCUAUGAAACUUGGUCAUUGCAAAUGAGGAAUAGAUUAACUUGAUUUAUUGUGUUGUUCGUCCCUUCACUCAUUAUGGUAUAGUAGAAUUCUUUCUUUACAUUUAUGGUUGAACUUGGGCGAACACAUCACGCUAAAACUAACCCAGACCUCUUUUCUGGUAAAUAUUCGAAAGAUCAUCUCUACAAAUUGAGGUCAUCCACUUAAUC